UUAGACAUGUGACAGAACCACUGCCAGUCAACAAGCCCGUCACACCCGGUAUGAAAGCGAGGCUCGUCUCUUCCCGAGGUUUCAAAAGUUUGAUUGACUGAUUCCCAAUAUGGCCACCUAGACGCCAAAAUCGUCUGUUUUCAAGUCCUUUGUACUUCGAAUUCGCACCCAAUAAGCAAACAGCAGUUCUUCAAAGAUUUGUCUUUUGAUUUGUACGAAUAAGAAACGCGUAAGUUUGGUCGAAAGACCUUUAGUUUAUCGCGUGACGUAGUCCUGCUUUCUGGCGUGUUUAUACUUUGGAUGGUUUGAUAUGCGAUAUCUUGUGCAAAAAUGAAUAGCGAAGCUAAUGACAGUACGGAUGCAACAGUGAGUAACGAGGAGACAGACACACUGGAAUCCAUCGCAGAAACAUCGGGGGAGAGUCGAACUGAAAGAAUUCGAAGAUUGAACAGAGAAAGACAGCGACGAAGGCGCGAAAAACUAAGGAUGUCACGCCAGAGUGAAGCGCCAUCGACAACCAGUAACGACGUGGACCCAAACCAUGAUCUUGAGUUGCUGUCUGAGGGAUGUGCGAUUGUAGAAGUGACGCUACCACUGAAAGUCGAGACAGAAAUACCAGAAGAAUUCGAUAGAGAAACUUCCAAGGUAACAAGACCGAAAAGAUCAACGCGAACGCGACAAAAAUCGAGAAAAGAAGGGGCAGCCGAGCAAAUUUCAUCGGACACCGUCUCUUCAGCAAACAACGCCAUUUCGCCACCAUGUCACGACAAUGGCUCAAAAUUUGAUGGCGCUUCAGAUGAGAGUAGUGUUCUGGUUGUUGCCAGUGAAGUAGAAGUGGUCGAUGAAAAACCCCAAGAAAACGGUACCGUAGAGCCAACAGAAACUACAGAAAACAAGGCAGAGGGAAAGAAGCGCCGAACUCGAGACUCGAAGAGACAAACUGACAAAUCACCCGAAGACGUCGCGACAAAGCGAGUAUUUAGAGAGCGUGAAAAGAAGAAAAUGCACGGUUCUAACGAUGAGGUCACGGCGAGAAGAGAAAAACAACGGGAGUUGAAAAGAAAGCAAAAAGAACGGAUGAGUAGCGAUCAAAUUGAAGCACUGAGGGCGAGAUAUCGCGAAUGGAGACGAAAACGAAAGGAAACCAUGACAAACGAGCAACUGGAGAUAAUUCGUAAAGGAAAUCGUGAACGACAGCGAAGACGGCGUGAGCGAUUAGGUAUCAGAAAGCGGUCAACAACCCCUCAGGCAAAAGGAGUAAGCGAAGCGGUAAUACAAGGCAUCAAAAACAAGCAAGCACAAGUUUUAAAACCUUUGGAAUCGAGUCUAAGUCCAGAAGCGAGCCUUGUAGCUGCCGUGAAUCAGGUCGCAUCGCUAAACAGUGUUGAAGCAGCCGCAGCGGCCGCCGCUCUUAUGCCAAAUAGUUCUCGCAUCGAAGGUCCAGUUGCUGUCACAGUGGAAGUGAAUCCAGCCGCUUCUGGAAUGGCACCAAGUGCUAUCCAAAACACACAGACCCUAGUGCAGCCGUCAUCUUCGACACCUCAGCUCGUAAGUCUUCCUGUCACAUCAACAAAUGUAACACAAGGGUCUUUGCCUCCCGGAAUGCCUGUCCUUGGCCCUCAGGGAACUAUUCUUCAAGGACUGCCUCCAGGAUCUGGUACACUGUACAGCAUGACAAUGCCAGGAAUUCAAGGUGCUUUACUUCCCGGGAUUCCUGUAACUGCUGGCCAAACUUUACCUGGGGUACAAGGAAACCCUGUCGGUGGAAUGCCUUUCUCUGGCAUGCAGGGACUCAUGCCUGGCAUGUCUCCUCAGGGUGCAUUUUUGUCAGCAUCCCAAGCUGGGGUCCUUCCUGGGAUGCAGACGUUUAGUAGCAUGGCUCCUACUAUGACCAAGGACGGCCAGAUCUUACACAGCAUUUCAACCCUUCUUCCCAUUGCGCCAAUGCAAGGUAUUCAGGGAACAGGCCAGGGUGUAGCAUUCCUUGCACCCAUGCCUAUGACAGGGCCAGCUGGUCAAGUUCAAGCCUUUCCAGAUAUGAGGGGUACAGUGGCCACUCCAGUUAGAGCACCAAGUCCUGGCGUCAGUACAGUGGUAGCUUCAGUUCCAAUAGCAGAAAGUGUGACGGCUGAAACAGUUGCUGUUGUUUCCCCUGGGGAUGGAAGUGAUGCAAGUGGUGCUGACUCCAAAGGUAAAAAUGCAGCUUCACCUAAACCUAGAGGAAGAAGAGGGCGGAAAAGAACUACCUCUGCCGCUGAAAUGCUAGCAAACCUCAGCAACCUUCCUCCAACCAGCACCCCUAUGUCUUCCAUGCUAUCAGCAUUGGCUUCCCAGGUCAGAGGUAAUGCAGAGAAGGAGGGAGAGCCACCUGCCAAGAGAGCAACAGUGGAAGUAACUCAGGUUGCUACAGUGCAGAGAGCACCGGCUCCACAAGAUUCAAGUCAAAUAACAGUUGUUGCUGGGGGCGAGGCCACUGUCAGACCUAAUGUAGUCAGCCAUCCAGAAAUGCUACCAACAGUUCCUGCUUCAAACUCCAGUGCUAAGAUUCCGCACAUGAGUACCUUCCUCAAUACCAUGGGUGGCAGUCCAAUUCCUAGCAUGAGCAUGCCGUUUGCAACUGCUGCAGGUUUAGCAAGGCCUAUGAACACAUUUCCUCCUGGUCUACAAGCAGUGCCUGGUCAGUUCUUCCCACCUAGGGUUUCGGUUGGUGUGGAAACAGAGGAGAUUAGGAAAACAACAGUCGGCACAAACACUGAAAACAACCAGCAGAUACCAGCUGGUUGUACUGACCAGUCUGCAGUGAUGUCGUCAGUAGGCACUAUGACUGACUCCUUGUACAAAGUGUCUGUUGGUACCGGAACUGCUGGGACAGCGCAGCAGAGUGAUGGACAAUCACAUGACGUCAGUGCAACAGAUGGAACUACUGCAAGUGUUGUGGAAGAAAGUGUAACAUUACAGAUGGAAAUAAGCCAGGAGAAAGUGAGUCAAGAAGUGGCAGAAGUGCAAGAAAUCAACCCAGUGGAAAUAAUACAAGAGGCAUUAAACCAGGAGCAGAUAGAGCCAACUGUGGUAAUACAGGAAGAAGUUGUAGAAGAAGUGGUCGGAGUAACUGAAGUUGCAAAGAUUACACCUAUAGGAGAUGGUAUAUAAUCUUGACAUAAACUUAGCUCUUAAGGAACGAUAGUUAAGACUUCAUCGUAAACAAGUUUAAUAUGUAUAAUACUUACGUAAGCAUGGUUUUCCCUUUAAAAUAGGGCUUGCAUCUAUGUGAGAAUAGAAAACACCCUGACAAAUCACUAGAAAUUCUUGAAACCUCAAGUCUAGGGUUGUUUCCUUUGAAAAAGACUGUUGCAGGCAAUGAAGUUGUUCCCAAGCUUUUGGAAGUUACUGGUUGGGCCCCUCCCCCCAAAAAGAGAAACCUUGUAUAAUAGUAGAACUACACAGCUGUUUUCCUUAUCCAUUCACUCUUAUGAGUCCCGUCAUUCCAUGCACUGUUUGUUAUCUCGAGUAACUGUUCUUGCACUAAUCUUUCAUUAACAUUUCUUUAUCUCUUACCUAAUAGCUAUUUGCUGUUGAGGCCUUCUCGACCUUGCUUUCAUUAAUAUAAUGUUAUAUUAUGGACUAUGACUUAACAAAUACCAGAAAACAAGCAUGAUGAAUUUAACAACAUGGUAAUGUUUGAGGCCCCGGGCUUCAAGAGUGAAAUUUUAUGGUGGGUUGAAUGUUUGGGCAAUGUUUUACAAAUUCUCAUGACCAUCUUGGUUAUCUCAUCUUGGUCUUUCUAUUUUCUCAAAGUUGUGGUCUAUGAAGUAAAUAAAAAAUUUACAACAACAUUGAUAGAAAAUAAGUGAACAGUGACGUGACCUCAAGCUGUAAAGAGCGUACUGUACUUUCUUAAAAAACAGGUGAAAAAUGUCAUAUAAGUAUUGUUGAAUGUAAAUUUGGGACUCAGAGAGACAGAUAGAGUCUAGAUUUUUCCUAACCUAAAAAACAGCAGGAAGUUAUUUUCACUGUUACAACUUCUUAUUAGUAAUGAACUUGUUCAAGUUGCCCGACUCAAAGAGGUGGAACACUAGCUGUUUCUGUAAGUUAGAGAACUUACUUUAAUUUUCCUAUUAUGUAGUGAGCACUUUUAAAAUUCGUUACCCGGAGGUAUAAAACGUACAUGUCUGCAAAAAUAUAUGUUUUACUUUCAAAAUCUAGUGGCAUAGGGUUUUCAACAAUAAGCAUGUUGUAACAGAGCUCAAAAUCUGAUACUGUAUGCUGUUCCAUCUUCAAAGAACAUAUUAAGCGAUAAUGAUAAUUUUAUUAUGUUAUUUGCCUACCUUCAUUAAGGCUUCAAUGAUAUUGAUGAGUUAGCAAAGAAUUAUGUUGUGUUAGGCUAAAGUAUCUGAUUUAGAAAAAAAUAGUCAACACUGAAAAGUUUUAAGAAACAAAUUAAAAUACCUGUAUGAAUCAGGUUGUGGAAAGCAAAGUACUAGUGUUGCAGGUUAUGUGCCAAAAAAAAAACUUUGUCUUGGUUAAGGCAACCAACUACAAGUCAGUCUAUGAUUGGUUCUCUGUCAUUUAAUGCAUGUUUUGCAAGAAGACAGAAAGGUUUUCUUUGCUAUCAUAAAGUGUUCUUAAUUGAAGCCUUUUUCAUUGCUGCCAUCUACUGUAUCGAUAUAUACAUAUAUGUAGCUUGCGAUAAGCAUACUUAGAUUCCAUUUCGUGUUCAUAUAUCCAGAUUUUUUAAAAAACCUUUAUUAGUCAUAACUUGGGUUGAUUGGAGUAGUUUUAUAGCUCACUACUGUUGUGGUCACAAGAUCUAAGGGGAUAUUUGUAUAUUUUAUUGUGUAAGUAUGGUAACCUACAGUGACAUCAUUAAUCUUAUAGGUUUGGUAGCGUGAAGAUCAAACACUGAUCAAGUUUUAAAGCUUCUUUAAUCAUUACUAAGUAAGGUGAUUUCUUGUGGCAAGGUGUUAUAACACAUUUUGAAGUGCAAUGAAACAGAAAGAAAGUCAAAAGGUUUUAUUUUGGUACAGGCAAAGCCACAUAUAGUUGAUAUUAUCUUUAAUCAGGAAUUUAAACAAGUUGAUCGUGCAUGGUUGUAAUUAUUAUAAUUAUUAUUACUAAUGAUUGUAGUGCUUUUAUUAGGUAGUUGGUACAUACAGAGAACAGCCUGACAACUGGAAAACGCUAUGAUGCUUUUGUUAUAGUUUAACUAUCAUCAUUUGCAUCAGUUAUAUUCAGUGGGAUAUUUUAAAACAGUUUGCUGGUUCUUAAUACAAUAGUUUUAAAUUUCUUUGAGAAAUCGAAGGAAGUUUUUUAACCAUGGCUUUCAUUUAAAUAACAUACAAAUUGCCGUAAUUUAUUGGAAUUAAGUUGCCAGUUGCACUAUUGUUGAUGUCAUAAUAGCCUGUUUAGCUGGCAGUCUUUGUUGUGUGAUUCAAGGAGGUGUUGGAAAAAAAAAAUCGGCCAUAAUUUAUUUCAAGCCAUUCAUGGCUGUCCUUGUUCAUUUUCGGUUUAUUACAUGUAGUAUACAAAUUGGUGUUUUGUACCUUAGAGAACGGUUAGAAGUUUGAAGUUUCAAUCAAUUUGAAAUUAAUUUCAAACAUUAGAAAAGUGACAAAUUAUCAUAACUAAUUUCCUGAAAGUACUGAUUGCAAAGCUGUUGGAAUAUACAGUGAGGGGAACAGCGAGGGAGAACGAAUGUGCUGUUUCCUUUUUAAUUCUUCCAUUGACUGCCAGUUACACAAGCUAUCAUAUGGCCUAAUUCAAUGUUCUUGAUGCCUUUAUAGUGGUAUAAAAAGGACUUAAAACAAAACAUAUUGCUUUCUAGUAUGACGGUUGCAGAAGACGUGGACAGGAUUGUUUGUCUGACAUUAUGUGAUUUAUUUUAGACACGCCUAUGAUUUAAGUAAACAAAAUAAUAUUAAAUGCUGGUGUUUUC